UCUCUCUCUCCCUCUGUGUCUCUCUCACUCUUUAGCCGUUGGACAAUGACAGUAUCACAGCUGACGCAUUAACCAAGCACUCGACUGAAAGACUGUGGUUAUUUUCCUGUCUGCCACCUGCACUCUAAAGCCAAACUGAGGGGACCCAACGAAGAGAUGAUCUACGACUAUAGGCCACCAAGUGUGAAUGGAAGAUUUUUCUCACUUGCUUUGACUCUCAGUGACCAGGAGGUGUGUCCAAUGUAAGCCAGAAUCCAUAAGCAACAAACGAAACCAGAGAGACAAAGAAGAAGAGCCGAAGAGUCUGAAAGAGAUUCAUGACUGGUCUACAGAGCAACAGAAAUUAAAUCUGCCACUUCUACGAGUCCAAGAAUAAUUCAAAGGUUAUAUGAAUCAACUAAUGCCAGCUUGAACGAACCAUUUUUAAGUACACAACGAAACAGAGACAGAAUGCUUUAAAGAGAGCGACUCAUAGAAGCGCUCCAACACCAAAUAUAAGAGGCUCUAAUCAAGGCCAUCCCGCAACAUAAGAAAUUUCUUAAUUCCAAUCGAAGAGAGGGUGACAUCAUCAUGGAUAUCUUUGGAGGUGCUCCUCGUGUUUUGGGCUACCCACGCCCUGUGAUGGCACAGUGUGGUACAGAUGCCACACUGAGGUGCCAAAUCGAUGGGGACCCUCGUCCUGAUGUGAUAUGGGAGCGUAAAAACGUCCAGAUCUUGUCUGAUGGACACUACCAGCUCUCCGAGGAGGGAAAAGCUUACCUGCUGACCAUUAGUGGAGUGACCCUGCAGGAUGCUGGCCAGUAUAUUUGCAAGGCCAAAAAUAGCAUAGGUGAAACCUAUGCAGCAGCAUCCCUCAAGGUGGAAGGAGAGGCCCAGCCACAGGAAGAGGGGCAAAGGCAAUUAGGGGUCAAUGGUGUGAAGCAAACAGUUAAAGAACAUGGAGAAAUCGAAGGAUACGUGAAUGGCUAUUGCACGAUGCAAAAUGGUGAACACAGGAAAGAAAAUGGAGAGGGGCUGAAUGGGGAGCACAAAUGGAAUAGCAAGAAUAGUGAAAAACGAGAAGAGCUUGAUUUAACAUCUGAUGAGAAACCACGUUUCCUCAUCAAGCCGCUCUCUCUGCGCGUGGAUCGAGGAGAAGAUGCCGCAUUCUCCUGCAAAAUCUGGGGCACUCCGCUGCCCGAGGUGACAUGGGAAAAAGAUGGGAAGAAGCUGAAUGACAUCUUUGAGAGUGCACACUUCAGUGUGAGCAACCAAGAUGGCGGCUGGUUCCAGCUCAAGAUCUACAGGACACGCAUGCCAGACAAAGGUGUCUACACCUGCAGGGCCAUCAACUGCCACGGUGAGGCCUUGGCAGGUGGUGUCCUUCUUGUGGAGCCCGUACCAGAGCGAGAGGAGAGUAAAAUGUCCUCAAAUGGUCACACUAACAGCCAGUGGUCGCCGAAGCACAGGGGCGGGAGGCUCAGUUUGUCAAGAGUUACAGAGGAGUUACCUGUCAAUGUUUCUAAAGCCAAGAAGUUUGCAGUGGCAGAGGGGAAACACGCCAAGUUUCGCUGCUUUGUAACAGGGAAGCCCAAACCGGAGAUCAUUUGGAAGAAAGAUGGGGUUCCCCUAGAGCCCGGGAGGCGUCAUCUGAUAUUUGAGGACAGAGAGGGAUACUACACGCUGAAGGUUCUGUACUGUAAAGUGCAGGACACAGGACUGUAUGUGUGUGCAGCAUCAAACACUCUUGGAAACACCCUCAGUGCCGUUCACUUGUCCGUCAAAGGCCCAGCUGUGCGGUUCAGGCGUCCAUUAAAAGACAUAGAGGUGAGGGAGAGGGAUGUUGCUGUGCUGGAGUGCGAGGUACCGGAUGAGUCGGUCCCAUCUGCCUGGUACCUGGAGGACCAGCGGCUGAUGCCCAGCAGUAAAUAUGGGAUGGAGCAGAAAGGAACCAAACGAAGACUGACAAUCCAUGAUGUUGGGACGGAUGACGAUGGAGUGUAUCUGUGUGAGAUGCCAGACGGAGGAAAGAGCAUUGCAGAGUUAUCAGUUAAAGGAACUAUUAUUCGCAAACUUCCUCGGAAGCUGGAGGUCCUGGAGGGUGAGAACGCCGUGUUCUGCGUGGAGGUGGAGAACGACGACAUGGAGAUCCACUGGUUUAAAGACGGUUUUAAGAUACACGAGACUCACCAGACGAUCCUGAAGUCUUUUGGAAAAACUCACAUUCUGGUCUUUGUCAACGUGGCCUAUCAAGACUCAGGGGUAGUGACCUUUGUCGCAGGAAGAUCCAAGACCUCAUCACGUCUCAAGGUCAAAGCCACAAGACACUGCCCCCCUAUCUGUCCUGUGGGAGUCAAAAUGGAUGUGGAUCGACCCAACAGUGCCUUGCUCACCUGGGUUCCUGCCCCCAACAGCCAAACCUCCACCCGAUCCAUAUUUGUCGUGGAGAGACAGGAAGUGGGCUCCCAAGAGUGGCAGAAGUGUUUCACCUCAGAGACCGCCACUUCAGCUGAGAUCGCCGCCGACAGCGUGCAGUACGAAGGCGACUACCGAUUCCGCGUCUGUUGCAUCAACAAGUACGGGCGAAGCGGCCAUGUGGAGUUUCCCAAAGCUGUCCAUCUUGCUCCUGGGCCAAAGAUUUGCAGUAAUCUCAAAGGCUGUGAGGUUGUGGAAGGAGAAGACGCUCACUUCUCCAUCGAACUGUCUGCCACAAUGGUUGGAACCUGGUUUCUGAAUAGCGCUCAGCUGCAGCAUGGCGGAAGAUAUUUAAUACAACAGUCCCAAAAACAGCACUCACUGGUUAUCCGUGAAACUUGCGCGUCAGAGGACACAGCAGAGGUCACGUUCAUAGCCAACGGAGUCCGGGAUUCAGCUGUGCUCAAGGUUAAAUCUGCUGUGGUAAAAUUCAGUCCUCUGUCAGACUUAGACAGCAAUAAGAGAGUGGACAUUGGAGACGCCAUUGUCCUCUACUGUGAAGUUUCCCACCCAUUCGCAAAAGUAUCCUGGUUCAAAGAUGGGAAAGAGCUCGAGGUGGCUGAUGGCCUCAACAUCCAAUCAGAUGGAAACAUGAGGAGGAUUGUGAUUCAGUCAGCUGAUGCAUCUCACUCUGGAGUUUAUACGUGUGAAACUUCAGGAGAUGUCAUCAAAUUUAAUGUGAAUGUUGCAGGUCCUCCUGUGGAGUUCAUUCCGAUCCCAGAGGAAGAGCUCCAUAAGAGCAGCAUGGAGCUGGACCCCGUGGUGCUGAUCUGCCAUGUCUCCACAGACGAUGCUGAAGUCGUGUGGUAUAAGGACGGCUGUGAGAUCCAGCCCAGUGACAACAUCACUCUGCAGGCAGAGGGAACCAUGAGGAGGCUGAUCAUCCGCUCUGCAGAAACCUCAGAUGCUGGCAACUACACCUGCCAGGCAGGAAACAACAGCAUGGAGUUCACUGUCAAUGUCAGAGAGCCUCCAGUGAUGAUUGUGGAACCUAAGGAUGAUAUUGUGAUGGAGAGCUAUAUCUCAGAGGAGGUCCACCUGCAGUGUGAGUUGUCUCGUUCCAGUGGGAAGAUGCGGUGGUUCAAGGAUGGCCAGGUGGUGGAGGAAAGUGACAACAUCCAGCUGAUAUCUGAGGGUCCUUACAGGAGGCUGACUAUCCUCAGUGGCUCGGUAGAGGAUGGCGGAGAGUAUGUCUGCGAAACAGAUGGAGACUCUGUCUUUUUCCAGCUUAGUGUUAAGGAGCCACCGGUAAGAAUACUUUCCCCCAGUGAAUCAGAGUUGGAACUGACCCAUUUGGCCUCUGAGAGGCUGGAGCUUCGCUGUGAAAUCUCCCAGGCAGAUGCCCCUGUCCGGUGGUACAAAGACAGCCUGGAGGUAGAGGAGGGUCCUAACUUGAUCCUGGAGGUGGAUGGGGACCAACGCCGGCUAGUUAUACCAGUAACCACUGUGGACGACACAGGGGAGUAUAUAUGUGACACUGAAGAUGACUCUGUGGCCUUCCUGGUGACAAUUACGGAGCCAGCAGUGACACUUACUCGUCCCAAAAACAUGCCGGAUAAACUGGAGAGUUUUACUGGAAAACCUAUCAUGCUGGAGAUCGAGGUGUCCCGUCCAAGCGCUGAAGUAAAGUGGUGGCUAAAUGGCAGAGAAAUAGAGGAGAGCAGUAAUGUCACCAUCACAGAGGACGGGCUCAUCCAUCGUCUGACCAUCCACUCUCCCACCCCAGAGGAUUCUGGGAAAUACAUCUGUGAUGCUGUUGAUGAUAAAAUUGAUUUCCAGGUCAAAGUUUCAGAGCCUCCGGUAAAGAUCCUAAGAAAGUCAGAGAUUAAGACAAACCUUAAAUCCCUGAUUUCUGAUGACAUUGUGCUGGAGUGUGAGCUCUCCAGGGCUAAUGCCGUCGCCAAAUGGUACAAGGACAACUGUCGUAUUGAAGGCAAUGAAAGGUUUUGCGAAGAGGAAGAAGGCGCUUUCCGUUCCCUGGUCAUCCUCAACGCUGAGCUAGAAGACGCAGGAGAAUACUUUUUAAAUGUUGGAGAUGACAAUAUCAGCUUCCAGGUUACAGUAGAAGAACCUCCAGUGACAAUUGUGGGUAACUCAAAUGACCCUGACAAUCAGGAGAUGGUGGCAGGAGAUGAUUUGAUCCUGGCCUGUGAAGUGUCCCGUGCCAAUGCUCCUGUCCAGUGGUUCUGCAAUGAUAGGCUGCUCACCAAUGACUCACGUACUUACAUUGAGAGCUACGGCACUCUGAGGAAAAUUAUCAUUUCAAAUGUGCAGUCCUCAGAUUCUGGGAAAUAUGUGUGUGAUGCUGUUAAUGACAAGAUGAUCAGCGUUGUCAGGAUUCAAGAGCCUCCAGUUACAUUUUUGAACAAGAAAGAUGACAUUGUCAUCACGGGCUAUGAAGCAGAGAGUGUGACAUUGACGAGCUACGUGUCCAAGGAAAGUGCUCUAGUGCGUUGGCUGAAAGACUGGACACCUGUUGAGGGCGAACGUUUCCGAGCACUUACAGAGGGCCAUGAGCGCACAUUUACCAUCGAUCCUUUGAGGCGCUCUGAUGCUGGCGAGUACACUUGCGAUGUCAACACGGACCAGAUCCACUUCAGCCUGCUGGUGAAAGAAAUGAGAAUCAAGUUUUUGAGGCCACUCCGAGACACUGUGGCCCAUGCUGACGGUAUGGUGACCCUUCGUUGUGAGGUGUGCAAGCCAAAAGCAGACGUUCAGUGGCUGAAGAAUGGCGUGGAGGUGUCUGCAGGCAGGAGGUUCUCGAUUCGAGCGGAUGGGGUUGAGCGAAGCUUGACCAUCCAUCGUUUAACCAGAGAGGAUGCUGGGGAGUACGCCUGUGAGUCCAGAGAUGACCGGACUGUGGCAACGCUGCGAGUAGAGAUGCCUCGAGUGGUGGAAUUCCUUACAGAGCUCCACAACACCACUGUACUUGAAGGAGAAGAUGCCACCUUCAAGUGCGUGGUUUCCCCUGAGGAUAUCCAGUUGGUCUGGCUCAUGGACAAUGAGCCUGUCACCCUGGGUGAUCGUUUCCAGACAAACCAGAAUGGCCUGUGCCACACCUUGGUUAUCAAGAAGUGCCAGAUGUUGGACUGUUCGAAAAUUACAGCAGAGGCCGAGGGACAAAUAAGCAAAGCCAACCUCAAAGUUCAAGAGGCUCAGGUCAUGUUUACUAAGAAAAUGGAGGCCGUCAUGGCAGAAGAGUUUGGCGACGCCACAUUGGAGACAGAGAUCAGCAUUGAGACGGGAGAGGUCCAGUGGAUGAGGCAAGGGGUGGUCAUCCAGCCCGGUCCCCGACACACGCUAACACAGAACGGCUGUAAACGCAUUCUGACCAUCCAAAACCUGACGCUGUCAGAUCGGGGAACCUAUCGCUGUGAGACUCUGCAUGACCGGACACAGGUCAAGCUCAAUGUAGAACCCCGUAAAAUCUCCAUCCGUAAAGGCCUAACUGACCAAGAAACCUUUGAACGAGAGACUGCCUCCUUCGAGGUGGAGCUCUCCCACACAGAUGUAGAGGGAAUUUGGCAGAAAGACGGCAUCCGGGUGAAACCGAACAACCAGUGGCGGGUGAGCACCAAUGGGCGAAUCCACGGCCUCACCCUGUCCAACCUCACCCUGGAGGACACAGGCACUAUCGUCUUCUCAGGUGAAGGGGUGCGCACCACUGCCAGGCUCACUAUCAAAGAGACACCGGUGACUAUCCUGAGAGCUCUAACUGAUGUCCGUGUGGAGGAGGAAUUUCCUGCCACUCUGGAAUGUGAAUUCUCCAGACAAAUCAUUGAAGUCAAGUGGCUUAAGAAUGGGAAGGAGCUGAAGCCAGGACAGAACUGUCGGAUCUACUCCAUGGGCCGGAAGCGGUUCUGUCAGAUCAUGCAGUGCUCCUUGGCUGACACCGGCACCUACACAUGUGACACAGGGGAAAUCAACACUUCCUGUUCACUGGAGGUUUUUGAGCAUACGUUGGAGAUAGUGCAGGAUCUGGAGGAUCUUUACAUUCAGGAGGACCAGAAUGCUGUUUUCAUGUGUGAGGUUUCCCGGGAGGACGUUACAGGGGAGUGGUACAAAGACAGCCACAAGAUCCGGCCCACUAGCACCAUCAAGAUCCGCACUGAAGGGACCAAACACUUUCUACUGAUGUGUAAUGUCAGAGCUGAAGAUGCUGGGGAAAUCCGCUUUGUAGCCAGGGAUGUUGAAUCUACUGCUUACCUGGAGGUGGAAGAGCUCCCUGUUUCCAUUGUGAAACCCCUGCGAGAUCGAACGGCCCUGGAGAAACACCGCGUGAUCCUCGAAUGCACCGUUUCCUCGCCCCGCUGCAGUGCCACCUGGUACAAGGGCAAAGAGGAGCUGGUCCCUUCAGAUCGAGUGGAGAUCCUGGCCGAUGGCUGCUCCCUGAAACUGGUGAUCCAGCAGGUGGCCGUGGAGGAUGAGGGCACCUACAGCAUCGAGGUUGGGGAGCACACGUCCAAAGCCAAGCUGAUGGUGGAAGCCCAAGCUCUUGUAAUGGUCAAAGAGCUCGAGGAUGUGGAGGUAACUGAGCCCGAGCCGGCAUCUUUCCAGUGUGAGGUGUCUGUCGCCAUCAACAAGCCUCCCGUUUGGACUCUGAACGGAGAGACCCUUCAGCCGGGCCCGUCUGCACGGAUGGAAAACCACGAGACGGUCCACAAACUCACCCUGAAGAACACCAGCGUGGACAUGAGCGGGGUGGUGAAGUUUACCAUGGGAAAGGCUAAGAGCAGUGCCACGCUCAGUGUUAAGUAGAGGAAAAAGGGAGGAAAAGCAAGUGACUCUGAGAGGAAGGAAGAAACUGACUGCAAAAAUGGGAAUUGCUCACGACACCUAAAACUUUUCAACAUCCAAUUUGUCCUGUUUGGAUGGCCUGCACUUCCCCUUUUCUGAGUUUAUUUCAAAUUAAGGGUACUCAGUGAAAUUAGACUAAGCAUUUUAAAGGUCCAGUGUGUAACAUUUAGGAGGAUAUAUUGGCAGAGAUUGAAUAUAAUAUUCAUAGGUAUGUUUCCAUUAGUGUAUAAUCACUUGAAAAUAAGAAUUGUGGAGCUGUUUUCAUCUUCAGAGGGAGCGGGUCCUCUUCUAUGAAGUCCGGCAUCUUGAAUCCCCAUGUUUCUACAGUAGCCCAGAGUGGACAAAUCAAAUAAUAGCUCUAGAUAGGGCCUUUUGAGGUUAUUAUAUAAUAUUAUUGUAUUUUGUGAGUUUCACUGCCAGCACAGUUUGUCUUACUUGGAAUGGGAGGGUGGGAUGAGGACUUUACAAUCAGCAGAUGCCACUAAAAAUCCUACACACUGGACCUUUGAACUUUAAGGGUGUUUUACUUCAAUCAAGGUAUUUUUUAUUUUUUAUUUUACAGGAUAGAUUAUAUUUAUAUGCCUGAUUAAGAUUUCUAAUUGACUUUACAUCCUUGUAUGUAGCUGUGGUUAAUCACAUGGCGUCAAAUACAUGUUUUCUCCCUGAAAAUGCACUGGCUGACAAUUUUGUAAUACAUCAAAGCUAAAUAAACUGUGAGGUACAUAAUCACAGCACUCAAAACACUAAUCAGCGACUGUUUUGAUAAUAAAUGAAUCCCUUUAUUAUUUUUUUAAGUAAAAAAACGAAAUAUUGUCUAGUUGCAAGGAUAUGCUGUCUUACAUCUUUAUAAACAGAACAUACUGAGGCUCAGGACUGUUGAAUAAUAAUAAUAAUGUUAGAUGCAGUCCUUUCAUACUCUUAUUUUGUUGAUAUUAAAACUUUUCCUUAUCUCUGA